AUGUCUGUGGCGGGGCUGAAGAAGCAAUUCCACAAAGCCACUCAGAGAGUGAGUGAGAAGGUCGGAGGAGCUGAAGGAACAAAGCUCGAUGUGGACUUCACUGAAAUGGAAAAGAGGGUGGACACCACUGCCCGAGCAGUGCUGGACAUAAUGACCAAGACCACGGAGUACCUGCAGCCAAACCCAGCCACCAGAGCCAAAAUGAGCAUGAUAAAUUCCAUGUCUCGCAUGCGGGGCCAGGAAAAGGGACCAGGCUACACACAGACUGAAACUCUCCUGGGGGAGGCCAUGCAGAGGUAUGGCAGGGAGCUCGGAGAAGAUUCCAACUUCGGGGUUGCCCUGAUCGAUGCUGGGGAAGCCAUGCGUGAAUUGAGUGAAGUCAAGGAUGCUCUGGACAUGGAGGUGAAGCAGAACUUCAUCGAUCCACUGCAGAACCUCCAUGAAAAAGAUCUCAAGGAAAUUCAACACCACCUGAAGAAAAUGGAGGGUCGACGUCUGGACUUCGACUAUAAGAAAAAACGUCAGGGCAAAGUGACAGAAGACGAGAUCAAACAAGCACUGGAGAAAUUUGAUGACUCCAAGGAGAUUGCCGAGCAGAGCAUGUUCAACCUGUUGGAGAGUGACAUUGAACAGGUGAGCCAGCUGGCUGCGUUAGUCCACGCUCAGGUGGAGUAUCACUCCCGGGCUGCUGAGAUCCUCACACAGCUCUCCAGCAAGAUCGACGAGCGGAUAAGGGACACCUCUAAUAAACCGAGGAAAGAGUACGCGCCGAAACCGCGUACGUCCCUGGACUUCUCCAUCAGCGAGAACCACAAUGGAGGCAUGCAUGGUGCUCGCUCUCCAGGUGCAAGGUCUCCAGCAAGAUCUCCAGCCAGGUCUCCAGCUCCCUUGGACCAGCCUUGCUGCCGUGCUCUGUAUGAUUUUGACCCUGAGAAUGAAGGCGAGCUGGGCUUCAAGGAAGGCGACAUCAUCACCCUCACCAACAAGAUUGAUGACAACUGGUACGAGGGGAUGCUGCAUGGCAAUUCGGGCUUUUUCCCCAUCAACUAUGUGGAUAUCCUGGUGCCGUUGCCCAACUAAGAUGUCAAGACUCCCAGCUGCGUCUGUGACACGCCGUGGCCCUCCGGUUCCUGUAUUCCUUCUAACCUUUUCCUAAACAGUCCUUCCAACUACCUUCACUCAUCUUUAAAGGAGUUAAAAGAGCAACGACACACACAAAAAAGAUGUGAACAAGCGUGAUGGAGCUGAGGGCGAGUACACACCAAAUGAGGAAAAAUCUGCAUUGAUAAAUUUGCUUCUCCCUAUCCCAACAGGCACCUUCAGGCUUCCGUAGUCCUUUCAGCCACUCCUAACCUCUUUUGUCUUGGUUUAAGUUAGCUGUCAGUCCGUCAUGAGUUUAUCAGAACAGCGAAUUCACACUUUCUCAUCUUUGUUUUUUUUUCUUCAGAAAUCUCUACAGUAGAUAGAAACCUUUCUCUCAUUGACAACAGUAGACAAAAAAACGGUCCAUGUGAUUCAUGUUUGUUAGAGACUGUAGAUCAAGCAUGUAUUCUGGCAUUCUAACGUUUUUGUUAUAGAAAUAUGUUAAGCUGAGUAGUUUUGGAUAUUCCUCUUUUUGAUGUUGUCUCUUGACAUGUUCGGACAGUUGCUAAGGAAACCACUUCUCUAUCAUACCCCAAAGAUUCUGUCUGACAGCCGAUAACCAGUAUUAGGCUAACUCCAGUGUGUUUGUUUUUCACAACAUGUGCAAAUGAUCAUGUUGUAUAAGACUUAGAUACCAAAGUCAGAUCAGUGUCAGAAAAUCUACAUGAUGCAACAUGGUGAGGCUCACCGUCUUCAAUUGUUUGGGGGGGGGCUCUUCUCCAAAGUAUAAUGUAACAUAUCUGAGCCAGUUCAGUGAUGACAUGGUGUGCAAAAACAUAAAUUGUGAAGUUUAAACUGUUCUAAUUGAUGUAAUAAAACUAUGGUGCACAAGUUUUAGUCCUCCAAGGUGUGCUUUAUACGGCAAUGAAAUGUGAUUGAUGUAUUUCGACACAGUAACUUGAAGGCCUGCUCAGUGGGGCAGUUUGUUGUGCACCUGUGGGUGCAGCUCUGUUUGCUGCAUCCCUGCUGGUCCUAUUUAUAUUCUGUAGUUUAGCUGUAGAUUAUGCUAGAUGUGAACACUAUCAGGUGGACAAAAAAGUGUGCAAAACGGCCGAGUGGAUUGAGAGGUAGUUUUCGUUUUAGUGGAUUCUUUUUUUUUUUUAUCACUCAUUGAAAAUGAUACAACUCCCAAUUAACACCCAUUUUCUUUGUUGUAAUACACACAAUUAUUUGUUGUAUUACCUUUUGUAACGCAUUUCAGACCCCAGAUAAUACACACUUGUGAUGUUACUCUGACUUGGGACUGUGCUGGGGACUUCUUUAAAAUCUAAAACUUCAAUCCACCCAGGCUAUAUGUUUUAAUCAGUGUGCCCACUUCUGUUCUCUCUGCGUCGGUAUCAUAUCAAACCUUUUGCAAAUAAGUUUUCACAGCAGCAAUAUUGUUUGUUUUCACACAUUUUAUAAUGUUGUGCAUGCGAUUUCGAGGAAGAGGUGCAAAUCUGGAUGUCCAUACUUUACAGAGGACUUUUGUUGCGUUUUAUUUUUUGAAUACCCUUGCAGCUGUGGUACUGUGCUGUCUCUGGCAGAUCAAACAUUAAAUGGCAAAUCUGUUACACUCAAAAGAGCUAUAAGAAUUAAUGCAAAAUCAGCUGAGGCAUGUUUAGUUCUGUUUGUUUUUUUCAGCGGGAAGCACAAUGUUGAACUGACGGUUUGCUUAGCUGGGUUGAGAAGAGUAGUGACACAGUUUGAGGAGGUCUUUUUUAUUUAAGGCAAAUUACCUUCUUUCUCUCUUUCACUUUUUUUAAAAGAUCCUGUGUAUCUUUGCCCUCAAUGAGGACUGUACAGCUUUUUGUGUUUUGUUUUCACCUUGUGUGUGUAUAGUCUCGCAUCUACAGUAACGUAUCUUAUUUUUGUAACUGUGACAAAAGUAUAUACAUAAAGUAUAGGUGUAUAUAAGCAGUAUAUUACCCAGAAGUGAUGAUGCAGGGGGGAUUCACAUGAUUGCUGCACAUGAUUGUCUUUGAAAUGUUUUUGUGUUUUUGUUUUGUUUCUGUUUUAUUUUAUUCUUGCACUGGAUUCUACAAAUGUAAGCUUGAUGUAAAAAAAAAAAAAAA